UUUGUUGUGCGCUAGACGAAAAAUUGCAAUUGCGCAUUUGAAUGUUUUUGCACAAAUAAUGGUUGAUAGGGUUAAAAGGGUGAUCGAUCAGGAACUGUUAGCCGGCGUGAAUAUGAGCGAUGCCACUAAUUAUAAUGUCAGAGUCUCAAAUGGCUCGACCCACGAGGGAAAGACUCCUUUUCUGAUCGGGGUGGCCGGCGGCACGGCCAGCGGAAAGUCGACUGUGUGUAAACGGAUAAUGGAACAGUUGGGACAAGCUGAUAUGGAUCAUACCAAACGACAGGUUGUUUGCAUAAGCCAAGACUGUUUUUAUCGAGAACUGACACCAGCUGAGAAAGUAAAGGCUGACAAAGGUCUCUUUAAUUUUGACCAUCCAACUGCAUUUAACGAAGAACUGAUGUUGAAUACGCUGAAAGGUGUAUUGGCCGGACAGAGAUGUAACUUGCCGGCAUAUGAUUAUAAAACAAAUUCUUUAUGUCCAGAGCGGAUGGUUACAAUUUAUCCAGCUGAUGUAAUACUGUUUGAGGGAAUAUUAGUAUUUUAUUUCCCGGCAAUAAGGGAUUUGUUCCACAUGAAAUUGUUUGUGGACACUGAUUCUGAUACACGUUUGGCUAGAAGAGUCCCAAGAGAUAUAAAUGAAAGAGGACGAGACUUAGAUCAAGUUCUCAAUCAAUAUAUGAAUUUUGUAAAACCCGCAUUUGAGGAAUUUUGUUCACCGACUAAGAAAUUUGCUGAUGUUAUAAUUCCUCGAGGAGCUGACAAUACCGUUGCCAUCGACUUGAUAGUGCAGCACAUCCGGGAUUUCUUGAACAACCGGUGCUCAAGGGUUGCAAAUGGGGGUGACAGUGCAGAUGGAAAUGCUGCAGGUGCUGCUGGAAGUGCAGAUUCUGCUUCGACGCAACUUUCGAGGCCUCAUUAGAAAAAGAUUGCAAGAAAAAAGAGAUUAUUAUAAAAACAAUUGGAAUUGACCCACAUAAUAAGGCGACAUAAGAAUUGAUGUAGGGAUCAGGAAAAUAUUAGCCUGGUGAAACAUUAAGAUUUGACACGGGCUGGUUAGUUAGUGGUUAAAUAGUUUUGGCACUAGCACUGUCAAGAAUUUUUGGCUACACCAGUAUUUCUAAGGAUUUUAUAAUUGACCCUAAAAUAUUUGGACUGAUGUAUUGGAUCAUUAUUAGUACUGGUUAAAACUUUAAAUUUUAAUCAAAGAUUACCCCAAAUUAAAAUAUUUGGGCCCAAUUCCAUUGCGUCGUUUCUAACUGAUUGCUAAAAUUGUUCAAAUCAAAAUGUAUUAAAAGACAAAUGUUAUCAUCCAACGAUAACUAUUAUGUAAUAAGUAAUGAAUAAAAAAUAGUAACAAGUAUACCAGCAUUGAAAGAUUGCCAACAGCCACACUAUAGUAUCCACCUUAAAGUUAGUGAAUACUAAAUUAUUUUUCAAAAUUAAACUAUUAGUACGGAAGCAUUGUAAAUUUAGUAUGCUAUACUUAAGUAUGUCUACUAUGACGACAAAUACUAAAAUUGAUGAGUUGUUUUAUAAAACCUGCGUUAUUAACAAUUUCCAGCAAAAGUCCCUCAUUCCUGAAGGGGUUUGCUUUACAAUUUUAUUGCUUACUAAAUAAUUUUCAAAAUUAAACUAUUAGUACGGAAGCAUUGUAAAUUUAGUAUGCUAUACUUAAGUAUGUCUACUAUGACGACAAAUACUAAAAUUGAUGAGUUGUUUUAUAAAACCUGCGUUAUUAACAAUUUCCAGCAAAAGUCCCUCAUUCCUGAAGGGGUUUGCUUUACAAUUUUAUUGCUUACUAAAUAAUUUUCAAAAUUAAACUAUUAGUA